AUGGCAGGGAUUGAAGACGUCGAGAAAAGGGUUGACAAGUUUGACGGACAUGAUUUUGUUAUGUGGAGGUCUCAGAUAACUGACUAUCUGAAUGUGAAGAAGUUGUCCAAGCCUUUGCUUGGAGUUAAGCCGCAGGGCAUGAAAAAUGUGGAUUGGGAGGAGCUUGACACUCAAGCUUUAGGAGCUAUUCGACUAUCGCUAUCAAAUGAAGUUCGGCGCGAUGUGAUACAUGAGAAAACUACUAAAGGGUUAAUGGAUACCCUGUCAGAGAUGUUUGAGAAGCCAAGCGCCGUUGAGCAGGUGCACUUAUUGAGGAAGUUGUUUUCAAUGAAGAUGGCCAAAGGUGGCUCUGUGCGAAGACAACAAGCAGCGGUUUGCGAUAUUGUCGAACAAUUGGCUACUGUGGAUAUCAUAAUUGGAGAACACCUCAAGGCGUUGGUGUUGCUGACCUCCAUGCCAGAUACUUGGGAUGUUACUGUCAACUCUAUUUGCAGUUCAGCUGGGAAGAAUAAGUUGGUCUACAACGAAGUUCGAGAUACCCUAUUGAGUGAGGAAACUAGGAGGAAGAAGAAUGAUGAUGAAGAGUCGUCUGCGACCACAUCUGCUUUGCUUGUAAGAGGAAGAUGGUAUAAUUGUCCAAAAUUGAAGUCAAAGAGAGCUACUACUGCAAUGGUAGCAAGUGAGAUGAUGGAGAAUGUUAUGGAGAUGCGCUCAUGGGAUUGGUUUUCUUCCUACAAGUCUGUGAAGGGAGGUCUAGUGAGGUUGGUUGGUGCACAAACCUACAAAGUUGCUGGUGUUGGAACAAUCAAAAUUAAGGUACAUGAUGGAUCAGUGAGGAGUUUAGAGAAUGUUCUCCAUAUUCCUAAGUUCGAUAGGAAUCUGAUAUCUUUGGGAACUUUAGAUUCGGUAGGCCACAAGAUUGUUGGUCAUGAUGGAAAUAUGAAAGUUUUGAAGGGGGCAAUCGUAGUAAUGAAGGGUAAGAAGGUAAAUGGUCUCUAUCGUUUAGAAGGGAGCUUUGUUCGAGGUGGAACAUGUGGUUCCGUUAAGAGUUUUGUUCGAGGUGGAAAGAUUGGCAAUCUUGGUUCCUAUUGGCAUUCAAGGGAGAUGAGCAGUAGUAAAUGCGGAGGAACGAAAUCAGCUUCUAAGAACGUGAAAUUUGAGGAGCAACCAACAUUGCAGCAGUCCUUAAAGGGAGGUAGACCCAUAAGGAUCCCGACACAAGUUUGUGGUGGAGAUAUGCUAGCUCAUGCAUAUUCCAAAAUUGAGGUGUCACCUACUUCAAAGAGUAAUGAGAAAGUUGAGAAGCAAACUUGGUGUUUUAAGAGUAAUGCGUCUAGAGAAGAUAUCGUUCAUGGUGGAGAAUAUGUUCAGAGGAAUGUUGCUCGUGGUGAGUUGUGCAAACCAUUGCAGAUCGCUCCCAUUAGGUUUGGCAACUUUAGUGGAGACUUGGAUUGCAUGCAAGUGGCUGCGCUGUGCAUGUUUGAGGGAAAGAAUCCAGCACGUAAGUGGAUAUGGAUUGGCACUGUUAUUGUCUCUGCUCUACUGGUACUAGUGAUUUUGUUCGCCUGCUAUCUACAACUAAGAAGAACAGGAAGGAGACUAGUAGUUUCAGGCCGAAAUGUGGCAAAGGUUCAGGAAAUUCUUACCUUGAUGAGACCUAAUAUACCUACUCAUGAGAAUGGAGUUGAAAAUGAUGGAAAGAUGGGACAAGAUAUAAGUGUCUUUAGCUACAAAUCCAUUUUGGCUGCCACACGCAACUUCUCCGAUGAAAACAAACUCGGUGAAGGGGGGUUUGGAUUUGUUUAUCAGGGAAAACUGGUGACGGGACAAGAAAUAGCUGUGAAGAAACUUUCCAAAAAUUCAGAGCAAGGAGCCCUGGAGUUUAAGAAUGAAUUGAUACUUGUAUAUGAACUCCAACAUAUGAACCUUGUUCGGCUAUUUGGAUUUUGCAUUCAUGGUGAAGAGAGGAUGCUGAUAUAUGAAUACAUGCCAAACAAAAGUCUGGACUACUUUUUAUUUGAUUCAACCAGAAGUGUGCUACUAGACUGGAAAAAACGUUUCAACAUAAUUGAAGGAGUCGCUCAAGGAUUGCUUUACUUGCACAAAUACUCCAGAAUGAGAGUGAUUCAUAGAGAUUUAAAAGCCAGUAAUAUUCUACUCGAUGAAAGCAUGAAUCCAAGAAUCUCUGAUUUUGGUAUGGCAAGGACUUUAAGCACAAAGGAUGAACUGGAAGCAAAUACUAAGAGGAUUGUUGGGACAUACGGCUACAUGUCACCUGAGUAUGUCAUGGGAGGGAACUUCUCCAUAAAAUCAGAUGUGUACAGUUUUGGAGUGUUGAUGCUUGAAAUAUCAUGGGAGUUAUGGAAAAAGGGUGCAGCACUAGAACUAAUGGAUCCAACACUAGGAAAUUCCUGUGAUGAGGAUCAAUUGUUAAGAUGCAUCCAUGUUGGCCUGCUUUGUGUUGAAGAGAAGGCAACUGAUAGGCCAAACAUGUCGGAUAUCAUAUCCAUGUUGACAAAUAAAAGCGUGCCUUUACCUAAACCAACAAAGCCAGCAUUUUGUACAAAGAGAAAUGUGAUCAUGUCUGGUGUAGAUGGAAAGGGGCCAGAACUUGUAUCAAUAAAUGAAAAUGCUGGCUUUGUAGGGGCAGGUAAUGGUGAGCUUUCAUUUGUCAACCCGGAGAGCACAUCUGACAUGGUAGGUCGAUUCGCUGCACUAUCCUCCACGCAUAGAAGAGCAACAUUGAUGCAUCUUAACAGUUUAUCUUUCAUUGCAAUGAUCAACUACUUGUUGUGCUUGCUCAUCAGUUUUUCAAUCUUGUGGACUAGUCGUGGUGCACCAUUGUUCAUUGGGGACACGCUUAGGGCAGGGGAGGCUCUCAAUUCCUCGAGCUUUAUGGUCUCCGCUUCGGGGGAGUUCACGUUGGGUUUCUACUCCGGCUACCUCACAGUAAGGUCCAACAACUACACGGUCUGGGUUGCCAACCUGGUCUCACCGAUUAACGACACUUCGUCGGCGCUUCUCACUUUGUUGGACAUGAACAAAACUCUCCUGCAAAUAAUGGAGACAGGUGAAAAACCUGUCGUUCUUUACUCCUCUCCGUUUAUUAUUAGUACCAAUGUCGUGGCUACCCUGACGGAUUCUGGCAGUUUAGUCCUACAAGAGGUGGGUCAGAAUGUUUCAAACUCUAAUGUGCUGUGGCAAAGCAUUGAUGAACCUAAUGUGGCACUUAUGCCGGGGAUGAAAUUGAAAAGUAGUGAUGAGAUAUACUCUUGGCAGGAAAGUCAGACCAGUCCGGGGAUUGGGUCUCUCAGCCUCCAAUGGGAUUCUGACAAACUCCAACUGCAAGUUUGGAGGGACAAUGCUAAUUGCUGGAGUAGCGGAGGCCGAUUCAGUAUGGGGGGAUUUGAGUUUAUUAAUAUCCCACAUGAAUCCAAGGUUAGAUACAAUUUUAGCGUGGUUUCGAAUAGCAAUGAAAACUAUUUCAGUUACGCUGUCGUUGGUGAUCAAGAUGUUAGAUCAGCUUGGGUGCUACACACAGAUGGGGAGCUUUAUGAUGUUUACAAUAACAUUUCUAUUGUGCGAGCAGGUGACUGUGAUGGCUUUAACACCAAUGGAGGGUGCGUGAGAUGGGGCCCCGCCAUGUCCGAUUACUGUGGUUAUAGCUUUUCAUUCAUUAAUGAUUUUGUGAUGAUAAAACAUGGUUCCUUCAAACCAAUCAGUAUGGCCCCCUCUAUCAACUCAACAUGGCCGGAUUCAUAUCUUAGGAAUGGUGAUUGCACGUCUACUUGUUGGAAGGACUGUGACUGCCUUGGUUUCGACUUUGAUAAUCAGACUGGAUGUAUAUAUUGGAGUAUAACGUACUUUCACUUCCUUGAAGAUCCAGCUAGUUCUACAAUUGGUUUCGUUCUACCGAGGAAACCACUUCAAAGAACUAAUAGUAAGGGUGAGAACCAAAGAAAGAUCCAGGAUAUGCUGAACAUGAUGAAUUCUAAUAGACCUACCAAUGCUAAUGGACUCCAAAAUGAUGGAAAGCGUGGACAUGAUUUAAGCGUAUUUAGUUAUGCAUCUAUUGCAGCUGCGACUUGCAACUUCUCUGAUAAGAAUAAGCUAGGACAAGGCGGUUUUGGACCUGUUUAUAAGGGGAAAUUUGUGACCGGACAAGAAAUAGCAGUGAAGAGACUUUCAAAAUGUUCAGAGCAGGGAAUAUCAGAGUUUAAGAAUGAGUUGAUACUUAUAUAUGAACUCCAGCAUACAAACCUUGUUCAGCUCUUUGGAUUUUGCAUUCAUGGUGAAGAGAGGAUGUUGAUAUACGAGUACAUGCCAAACAACAGCUUGGACUACUUUUUAUUUGAUUCAAUUAGAUCCCAACAGUUAGAUUGGGAUAGGCGUUUCCGCAUAAUUGAAGGAAUUGCUCAAGGUUUGCUUUACUUGCACAAAUAUUCCAGAACGAGAAUAAUUCAUAGAGAUGUGAAAGCAAGUAAUGUUCUACUUGAUGAGAGGAUGAACCCCAAAAUUUCUGAUUUUGGAAUGGCAAGGAUUUUUGCCAAUGAUGAAGAAGAAGCAAAUACAAUGAAGAUUGUUGGGACACGUGGUUAUAUGUCCCCUGAGUAUGUUAUGGGGGGGAAUUUUUCCACAAAAUCUGAUGUCUAUAGCUUUGGAGUGUUGAUGCUUGAAAUCCUUAGUGGUAGGAAAAACAACAGCUUCUACAAUGAUGAUCGCGCCAUCAAUUUAGUCGGCUAUGCAUGGGCGUUAUGGAGUGAAGGUGCAGGACUAGGACUAAUGGAUCCAACAAUUGGUGAUUCAUGUGACAAAGAUCAGAUGUUGAGGUGCAUCCAUGUUGGUCUGCUAUGCGUGAAGGAAAAUGCAGCUGAUAGACCGACGAUGUCAGAUGUGAUACCAAUGCUGACCAAUGAAAGUAUGUCACUGCCAGUACCUACAAAACCAGCAUUUUGUUCUGAAAGAAAUGUGAUCACAGAUGCUGUAGAUGGAAACAGACCGGAAAUAGUUGCAUCUGUAAAUGGUAUCUCCAUUUCUGAUUUCGAUGGGCGUUGA